AUGUCCCACCUUGGGCGUCCUGACGGGAGAAAGAACAUGAAGUACACACUAGCUCCUGUGGCCGAUGAACUAAAGAAACUUCUCAAUAAGGAAGUAAAAUUCCUAGAGGACUGCGUUGGUGAUCAGGUGGAAUCUGCUGUUGCUGAUCCAGCUCCAGGCUCCGUCUUUUUGCUCGAAAACCUACGUUUCCAUGUUGAAGAAGAAGGCAAAUGUGUGAAUGAGAGUGGUGAGAAGAUAAAAGCUUCACCUGAAUCCAUCGAGAAAUUUCGCGCUUCGUUAACUAAACUCGGUGAUAUCUAUGUUAAUGACGCAUUUGGAACUGCGCAUAGGGCUCAUAGGUUCAUUUCUUCUUCAAAGCUGUUAUCACUAAAUGAUCGAUGUACCAUUCCAACCAACACGUGGUUUUCAGUUCGAUGGUUGGUGUAA